CUGCACUCAAACAUGGACAGAGGUGGAGGCAACGUGAGGUAUGUCCUGACCGGGGACGGGGCGGGCACCUUGUUCCUGAUUGAUGAGAAGUCCGGAGAUAUUCACGCCACCAAGAGGCUGGACAGAGAGGAGAAGGCAAUGUACACACUCCAUGCAAAGGUGUUGGAUAGGACCACCAAUGCAGAGCUGGAGCCUGACACUGAAUUCAAUAUCAAAAUCCACGAUAUCAACGACAAUGCGCCAAAGUUCGAAAAGGAUAUCUUCUUUGCCAGCGUCCCUGAGAUGUCUGAAGUUGGCACAUCUGUUGCUACUAUAACUGCCACUGACGCUGAUGAUCAAACAUACGGGAACAGCGCCAAGCUUGUAUACAGCAUCCUACAGGGACAGCCCUAUUUCUCUGUAGAUUCUGAAAAUGGCACCAUCAAGACAGCCCUGCCCGGCAUGGACAGAGAAGUGAAGGAAAACUACCAGGUGGUGAUCCAAGCUAAAGACAUGGCCGGUCAGAUGGGCGGGCUUUCAGGAACCACGACGGUCAGCAUUACGCUCUCUGAUGUGAACGACAGCCCACCACGCUUCGCUAAUCAUUCCUUUCGUGUGACUUCCGUGGAGUCCACAGAGAUCGGUGGCGCCAUCGGUCGCAUUAAGGCUGAUGAUCCAGAUGUUGGGCGCAAUGCAGAGAUGGAGUACAGUAUUGUUGGCGGUCAUGACAUAUUCAACAUCAUCACCGACCAAACCACACAGGAAGGAGUCAUCAUAAUCAAAAAGGCACUGGAUUACGAAAGUAAGAAGGACUAUGAGUUCAGAGUGGAGGUGAGAAACACGUACUUAGAUGCAAGGUUCAUCCACGGUUUGCAAUUCAAAGACUAUGCCACAGUCAAAGUAACGGUGGAGGAUGUGGACGAGCCGCCCGUUUUCACCAGGAACCCUUACAUCAUCGAGGUGCACGAGGACACGGCUGCUGGCAGCUUCGUCGGUGCGGUGUCGGCCAGGGACCCUGACGCCGACAACAAGCCAGUCAAAUACUCCAUCGAUCGGCAUACAGAUCUUGAGAGGCUGUUCAACAUUGAUUCUGUGAAUGGCACCAUCACUACACUGAAAUCCCUGGACAGAGAAAUGUCCAAAUGGCACAACAUCUCUGUGGUGGCUACUGAAAUAAAUAACCCACGUCAGACGACUCGAGUGCCUGUGUUCAUUAAGGUGUUGGAUGUCAAUGACAAUGCUCCCGAGUUUGCAAUGUCCUACGAUACAUUUGUUUGUGAGAACGUCAAAGCAGGGCAGCUGAUUCAGACAAUAAGUGCUGUUGACACAGAUGAACCCCUUGUUGGACACAAGUUUGUCUUUAGUAUAAGUGCCACCAACCCGAACUUCACCAUUGUUGACAGGGAAGGUAAGAUAAGCCGAUUUGCAUUUUUAUUGGAAAACCAAAUGAAAGUGCUUCUCUGUGUAUUUUAAAGUUAAACUUUGAAGAUGUUCAUGUGGGAAUGAGCGAAAGAGGGGGUUUCAUAUGAUGGCAAUCUAAAGAGCCAUUACCUCAAAUAUGCUGCAGAAAAUC